AACAAUAAAAGGAUCAGAGAUCAAGACAUUCCUGAGGAUGAGCACAUUAGACCAGAGGCUGUUUCUUCAGAUCUUAGCGUCACUAGUUCCAGUGUCAAACUGGGAAACAUGCUGGAAGAUAGUGCUGCUGAAAUGCCCAGGAACUCUUCAGGUGAAAUAAGCGUUGCAGUGGACAGCUCUUUACUCUGUACUUUGUCCUCAGAAUCUCAUCAGGAAGCAGCUAGCAAUGAGAAUGAUAAAAAACCUGGGAACUGCCAAUCUGUGUUCCAAUCAGAGGUUGGCAACAGUUCACAAGAUUCCACUGUCUUAGAUCAGGAAUUGUACAACUCCUUCCAUUUCUGGAGGACUCCUCUUCCUACAAUUGAUCUAGAUGUAGAGCUUGAACAGGACUCUGGGAAGAGACUCAGCCUAGAGACACCAGAAGAAGCACCCAGAGUCCCUGUGCCAGGUUCUCCAAACAUCGCCAUGGCCACCAGGAAAGAACUGGAAGAAAUGAUAGAAAAUCUAGAGCCCCAUAUUGAUGAUCCGGAUGUUAAAGCACAGGUGGAAGUGCUGUCAGCUGCGCUGCGUGCUUCCAGUCUGGAUGUUCAUGAGGAAACCAUCGGAACAGAACAGAGACGUGAGCUGCAAGAAGAGCUGGGUGUAAAUGAGCCUCCAAAUUGUAGCAUAAAUCAAGAUGAUUCUGUGCCUUUAAUCAGCGAUGCUGUUGAGAAUAUGGAUGCCACUCCUCACUAUAUCCACAGCGAUGCAGAUGUAAGCACCAGCAGUGGCUUCAGCCCAGAGGAAGAGAGGAGGCCUAAAGUGCAAGAUGUUGUACCACAGGCUUUAUUAGACCAGUACUUGUCAAUGACCGAUCCUUCUCGUGCACAGACAGUUGACACAGAAAUUGCUAAGCAUUGUGCAUACAGCCUGCCAGGUGUAGCCCUGACACUUGGCAGGCAGAAUUGGCACUGCCUGAGAGAGACUUAUGAGACUCUGGCAUCAGACAUGCAGUGGAAAGUUCGAAGAACUUUGGCAUUCUCCAUCCAUGAGCUUGCAGUUAUCCUUGGAGAUCAGUUGACAGCUGCAGAUCUGGUUCCAAUCUUUAAUGGAUUUUUAAAAGACCUUGAUGAAGUCAGGAUAGGUGUCCUUAAACACUUGCAUGAUUUUCUGAAGCUUCUUCAUAUUGACAAAAGAAGAGAAUAUCUUUAUCAACUUCAGGAGUUUUUGGUGACAGAUAAUAGUAGAAAUUGGCGCUUUCGAGCUGAACUGGCUGAGCAGCUGAUACUACUUCUAGAAUUAUAUAGUCCCAGAGAUGUUUAUGACUAUUUACGGCCCAUUGCUCUAAAUCUGUGUGCAGACAAAGUUUCUUCUGUUCGCUGGAUUUCCUACAAGCUGGUCAGUGAGAUGGUGAAGAAGCUGCACACAGAGACACCCCCAACCUUUGGAGUAGAACUCAUCAAUGAGCUGGUGGAGAAUUUUGGCAGGUGCCCCAAGUGGUCUGGUCGGCAAGCCUUUGUCUUCGUCUGCCAGACUGUUAUUGAGGAUGACUGCCUCCCGAUGGACCAGUUUGCGGUGCAUCUGAUGCCACAUUUGCUGACCUUAGCGAAUGACAGGGUUCCAAAUGUUAGAGUGCUGCUUGCAAAAACAUUAAGACAAACUCUCCUAGAAAAAGAAUGUUUCUUAGCCUCUGCCGGCUGUCAUCAGGAAGCCGUGGAGCAAACCGUCAUGGCGCUUCAGAUGGACCGAGACAGCGAUGUCAAGUAUUUUGCAAGCAUCCAUCCCACCAGUACCAAAAUCUCUGAAGAUGCCAUGAGCACAGCUUCCUCAACCUACUAGAAAAUCUGAACUUUAUUGUCCUCCUGCUUCCAUGAGAGUUGAGGUUCAACCUCCCCACAAAGAUCUGAGACAGCUGUGGGGCUAGAGACCUUCCCACUGACUCAUUGCAGGUGCCAGUUGCCUAUACCCAAUAACCUGGGGUUUUCAGAGUCAAGAAAAAGUACAGUAAACACUAUUAUCUUAUCUUGACUUGAGGGAAAGUAAUUUCUCAGAGGAUUAUAAUUGUCACCGAAGCCUUAACUCCCUCGUCUUCCUGACUGAAUGAAACUUGAAUUGGCAGAGCGUUUUCCUAAUGGAAAGGACAAGGUUCCUGGAGACCUGCAUUACUUUCUCCUGGUUUUAUUUAAUGACUGAUAAGUGACAUUCUUUGACCAGAAGGUGGAUAUGCACCCAGAUAUGAAAGACCUUCAGUAUUAGCCCGAACUGUUUCCUCCAGGCAUGGAGCCUAGUGGGCUCUGUGGCCGCUUAGCCUAGCCUAGCCAGCCAUAAGUGUGAAUAGUUCUUGACAUGUAUAAAUGGCAAAGGAGAUUUUUUUUUUUUUUUUUUAAGAUUUCUCC